GCUCACAGGUGGUGGCAGCUUCGGUGGCGGAGGAUACGGGGCAGGUGGUGGUGGUGGAACAGGCUACGGAGGUAGUGGAAGUUCGGGUGGAGGCGGUGGAUCGGGCGGCCACCCAGUCGUGAUCGUCCACCAGACCAAAGGUGGAGGUGGUGGAGGUUAUUCCGGAGGUGGUGGAGGAGGUGGAGGAUACGGAGGUGGUGGAGGUGGAGGAGCAGCGAGCACCGCCGCCUGCACCAUCUGCGCUGCUCUGGCUCCGCUGGCUCUCCUCAGCUCCAUUCUGCCUCUUCUGAGCUUCGGUUUCGUCACCGUUUCAACUGGCAAGAGACGAAGGAGAGACGUUCCCGACGAAAUAGUGAGCGAAAAACUGAGGGAAUUUUCGCAGGUGCAAGAAUAUGUGCACGAGAAUUUCGAUGUGGAGGAAGAGAACAGCAUGCAGGAGGACAUAGUGGCCAAGUACCUCUCCUGUGCUGGGAUGACAGCGACCGAAAACCACUGCUUAGAGCACCUCGCUUGUUCUCUGGCCGACCCGACGUAUAGCCACGCCCAUGCUGAGAAGACUGCCAUCAGCGCGAUCCUGCACACGAUCAUGGCCAACCACAAGCUGCCACAGUACCUGAAGGACCGACUGACAGCAGCUGGGCACGUCGGACGUCAGGAACCGGGCACGUGCUUCCGUUUCCCGUGCCAGAACUCUGCCUCGCCUACGGGUUCCUUCGCCUCCCUGCCCCAGGACAUCUCCGACGGCUCCUCCAGCCUGAGCUUCAGCAUAGGGGAGGCUUCGCGACCGGGGAAUGAGGUGGCGGAGGGCGAGGGUUAUGAGGAGGCUCAUAAAGUUCCCUCACACAAACCACAGUGGGGGAAGACGUCAAGGCCUUAGGAGGAAAAACACAAUGAGGACUAGAACAAUAAAAAAGGAAAAAAAGAACAAACGAAUGAUGUGAUCGUGUGUUUUAAUCGUUUUUGUCUUUUUGUUUUUUUUUUUGUUCUGUCGGUGUUUGUGAUAUGGAGAAAUUGUUUUUUUAUCAUUAUUACUUAUUGCACAGUUAAAUAUUCGCAAAAAUAGAUAUACACCUUGGUUUACUUAGACCAGUCUAUACGUAUUAGAGAAACUUAAAAGAGAGGUCUUUCAAGCCCUUUAGAAUCACAGUCACCAACACUAAUUACUAUUUAAGCACCAUAAUUUAUAGUGAAGUUACCUAGACAUAGCAUGUAUACACGCAAUUGAAUGGUUGAUCAGCACGUGGCUUCAUAUGAUAAGCCAGUUAUUAUUACUUUGUUGUUGUUAAUAAAUCUGUUAAGUAAAAA